AUGACAUUGUCGGUGAAGAAAGUCGCUAUAAUUGGUGCUGGAGCAGGUGGAUUAGUCACAUUGAACGAGCUAUUACAUACUGCUAGUGACGGAUCUUCGACUAUUGAUAAGGAAAGAGACCGCCAUGCACUGCCGGCUAAUGGAGCAUUUUCAGAGAUAACAGUUUUCGAACAGAAUAACUCGAUCGGAGGUGUUUGGAAUUAUAGCAAAGAGAAAGAUGAAGCAUUUCCUUCGGGGGUAGACGAAUAUUACAAGCCUUCGGAAGUCAGGCCAACCAGAGGUCCACCUGCAAGUUUGGAUUCGACAUCGAAGGAGUUUCCAAUUGAGUCCAAGUCAGUGCCAGGCCUAAGGUGGAACAAAAGUGGCAUUUAUGAUGGUCUCUUUACUAAUAUUCCGGGCGAGCUAAUGAGAUUUACCUCGGGUCCACCAUCUGUUAGUACGAAAGAUGGAGUAUAUGCACCUUUUGUCACGCACGAUCAUGUGCUUCGUUACUUGGAGAAUUUUGCAAAAGUCAACGAUCUGGAGAAAUAUAUACGAUUCAACUCCUCCGUUGAAAAAGUGUACAAAGACCCGGUGACUGAAAAGUGGGUCUUGCAAGUGGUGGAGAGCAAGGAUAACAUUGAUAAAUGGUACCAAGAAACUUUCGAUGCGGUUGUUGUUGCCAUAGGAAAGUUCAAUAUUCCUCACUUCCCAAAAAUAGAUGGCUUACGCGAGUUCGCGACAAAGCAUAAUAAUGUUAGUCAUGCCAAGUCUUACAGAAAUCCAUCAGAACUCAAGAAUAAAAAAGUGCUCAUUGUGGGAAGUAGCAUCAGUGCCGUCGACAUUCUACAAUAUCUUAUACCUGUCUGCAAAGAGGUGCAUGUAUCAACCAACACAAUACCAGGCCAAGCAUUAAAGAAUAAUAAAGAAGCCGGUAAAAAGUGGAUCUCUGACGUGCUGACCGACCCUACCUUCCAGAUACGCCUUCACCCAAAAAUAAGUCAGUUUCUGGAAGACUCAGUUGAGUUCAUCGAUGGUCAAGUCGAAAGGUUUGACAAGAUCAUUUUGGCAACAGGUUACCAUACACAUUACCCGUUCCUUAGUAUACCUGAAAAUGAAGGAAAGGACUAUGUCAAGGUGAGUACAGAUGGUGAAGAGGCCACUCAGCACAACAUUGUUAGAAAUUUGUAUCUAUACACUUUUUCCAUUGGUGACCCUACGCUCUGUCACAUCGGAAUCCCAAGAACACCAUUAUUUUUUCUUAUUAGCGAGGUGAGUGCAAUAGCAAUAGCAGGGGUCUGGUCCAAUGCUAAAACUCUUCCUUCCAAAGAAGAACAAAAGCAAUGGGUCGAAGAUGCUUUUGCACUUCAAUCAGCAGGAAUUAAAAGAGUGACGUCUGAUGCAGCAACAGAGCUUUAUAAUAAGAUUCACAGUCUGGGACCCCGUGGAAGAUACAACUUCUUUGAGUCUAAUGUCAUUGAUGAUCCCGAGGAUGCCAAGAUUAUACUGAAAGACCUGUUCUACAAAAUAGUUAGAGGUGAGAUUGAAAUCUGA